CCGCAAUCAACGCCAGAAGGUGGUGAUCCGCGCUGGGUAAGUGAUCCGUGAGCAACACGAUGGCGACCAGCUGAACUUUGUCGCCGUAUCCAGACCCGAGGCACGUGACCUCUGCGAAGCCCGACGCGCCGACACCGAGCAUCGAGCACGUGCGGUCGAAGCCAACCGAGCUGCUGUUUUACCUUUUUUUAAUUAAGUCACCGCUAACUCCGCCGCCGCCACCACCAUGUCGGAAAAGACUCCUCUUCUACACUACCGGCUCACCAGCAGCGACAGUCCGCCCACGAGAGUCGAGUCCACGCACAGCGGGUGCAAGGACAAGGGCGUCCGGAAGCUCGGCGUGGUGUUCGGCGUGGUCGUUCCCACGCUGCUGUCCAUGUUCAGCGUCCUUGUGUUUCUACGGAUUGGGUUUGUGGUGGGUCAAGCAGGGCUCUACCAGUCCAUUGCCAUGUUCCUCGUGGCCUACUUCAUCGUCACGCUGACCGUGCUUUCCAUCUGUGCCAUCUCCACCAACGGGGCUUUAGACACUGGAGGGGCCUACUACAUGAUCAGCCGGGCCUUGGGUCCGGAGUUCGGCGGCAGCAUUGGGAUCAUGUUCUUCUUUGCCAACGUGUGCGGCAGUGCUCUCUACGUUUUGGGUCUAGUUGAGGCCAUCAUGUCCACCUUUGGCAUCCCAGAGGAGGCUGUUGCAGGUCCCCAUCAGGUGCUGCCCUCGGGGUAUUGGUGGUCUCUCCUGUACGGCACUGCCUUGCUCUUCCUGUGUUUCAUUGUCUGCUUGGUAGGUACCCACAUCUACGCCAAAGCCAUCUUUAUUAUCGUCAUCAUAGUCGCAGCAGUUUUGGCAACCAUCUUCAUCAACUUUUUCAUUGCGAGGCCAAUUGUAGUGGUUCUGCCAAAUAGUUCUGGUCUCAACAGCAGCAGCAUGAGCACAGCCAAUUACACUGGCUUCCAGCUGCACACCUUGGAGGGAAACCUAAUGCCCAACUACACAGUGGACUACUCCACUGGUGCCACAAUGACAUUUACCACAGUGUUUGCUGUCAUGUUCAAUGGCUGCACUGGAAUCAUGGCAGGCUCCAACAUGUCAGGCGACUUGAAAAACCCCAGCUAUUCCAUCCCAAGAGGAACACUUGCAGCUGUUCUCACAACGUUCAUUACAUACAAUCUGCUUAGUCUGCUGGCUGCAUGGUCCUGUGACCGUCACCUCCUCCAAAAAGACUACAGUUUCCUCGGAGACAUCAACAUUUGGCCGCCACUGGUAACCAUUGGGAUUUACUCCUCUGCCAUGUCUGCUGCGAUGAGUAACCUGAUAGGAGCCUCCAGGGUCCUGUAUGCGCUGUCUAAAGACGGCCUGUUUGGCGGUGUGCUGGCUCUGGCGAAGAAAACGUCUUUGAGUGGUAACCCCUGGGCCUCAGUGCUGGCCUCUUGGCUGCUUGUACAGGUGGUGCUGUUUGCUGGUAAAUUGAACACCAUUGCCAGUAUUGUCACAAUCUUCUUCCUGCUGGUCUAUGCUGCUGUGAACCUCGCCUGUUUGGCUCUCGAAUGGGCUUCUGCACCAAACUUCAGACCGUCAUUCCGAUGCUUUACAUGGCAUACUUGCGCUCUGGGCAUUCUCGGUUGCCUGGUCAUGAUGUUCCUGAUAAAUGCCAUUCAUGCAUUUGCCAGCAUAGCCUUCAUGUUGCUGCUGUUGAUGCUUAUCCACUACCUAGGGCCCAUCAGCAACUGGGGCUACAUCAGUCAGGCUCUCAUCUUCCACCAGGUGCGCAAGUACCUGUUGAUGUUGGAUGCGCGUAAGGACCAUGUGAAGUUCUGGAGGCCCCAGCUGCUGCUGAUGGUGGCAAACCCUCGCAGCUGUACAAAUCUCAUGACUUUCAUCAAUGACUUGAAGAAGAGUGGCCUUUUAGUACUGGGACAUGUGAAGCUGGGUUUGUUGGAUGGGUUGCCAUUCGAUCCUCUGCCCAGCUGUUACGACUUGUGGCUUUCUCUCGUGGACCAUCUGAACAUCAAGGCGUUUGUCAACCUUACCCUGUCUGAUUCUGUCAGACACGGCGUUCAGAGCCUGCUUUUCAUCACUGGUUUUGGCGGAAUGAGGCCAAACACGCUCGUCUUGGGAUUCUAUGAUGACUGCACGCCUCAAGACGAACUCAAAGGUCAAAUCCUCCUGUCUGCAGGACAUGACUUGGAUGCCGCUUCUCCAAACACAGCCCCCCGAGAGCCAUGGUCUCCCUUCUUCCCCUAUGUGCGUUGUGCUGAGGAACUCAAAGACCUUCCGGAUCAUGAAUAUGUGUCCGUGAUUGCUGACGCUGUAAAAAUGGGCAAAAAUGUGAUACUGGCUCGCUACUUCAACCAGUUCAACCGUGUGGAGGUGUUGGAGCCGGGAAUAAAGAUUGGGCGCUACAGAGGCAUGAACGGACCGUUCGUUGACGUGUGGCCUCUGAAUCUGCUUCAACCAGACAGCCUCGGGUACGUUGAUACCUGCUCGCUGUUCCUACUGCAGUUGGCCUGUGUGCUUAAGGAAUCCCGGGCCUGGAGCCAGGCAAGACUCCGCCUGUUCCUGUGUGUGGAGUCUGAUCGCAGUCUGAAGGGAAAGGAGGAGGAGGCGAAGAAGCUUGGGGUGAUGCUGAAGGAGCUAAGAAUUUCCGCUCAGGUGCAGAUGGUGGAAUGGGACCAGGUGGUGGCGUUGCAUUGGCAGAGACGAAGAGAGGGUUGUAAUCUGGUCGAGUCUGCUCAGAAUGUGGAGAGGAGGGAGAGACCAGAUGAAGAAUGCCAGGAGGACGGGUUCCAGACGUUCCCCAAUAACGAUGAUCUGCUGACCGAUGAGUAUAUCUGCGCCGUCAACGAGCUGAUUCGCAGACACGCUCUCCCUCAGCCUGCUGUGCGCUUCCUGUAUCUGCCCCGGCCGCCAGCAGACACCAGCCGGUAUCGGGCCUACUUGCACCAGGUGGACGUGUUGAGUCGAGACCUGGGCCCAACUUUGCUCAUUCAUGGGGUCACUCCUGUGGUCACUACUGUCCUCUAAAACGUUCUUAAUCACCCACAACCCUAAUUUGGUGUUUCUUUAUGGAACUGUGCCACUUCCAUUAGAUUUAUUUUGACCUGUUAUUUAAGCAGUCACCCACAACAUGGGACUGGACCAAACACUUGUCGCACCCACACUCCGCAUUUAAACGGUUGCCCAUAUGUCAUGAAGACGAGCAAUCAAGGAUUCAACCUAAGGUUAUUUUUGUUAGGUAUUGAAAAUCACAAGUAGUUUUAAGAUGAUUAAUAGUCACUUGGAGAUCAGACUUGGUGUCAUUAGAAAUAUGUUUUCACAGUAUGUAUGAAUGUUGGGCCCAUGCUUUUGGGACUAUCGUCACACGGGGAAUGCUCUCGAAGAUUUUUUGCAUAUGUAAAUUAAAAACAUUAAUUCAAC